GCCAAUGAGGCGGCGGGGGCGUGGCCGGCCGCCCCGGUAGCGGCGGCGAUGGCGGAACGCGGCGCCCCCCCGCGUUCCCUCCGCUCCGGGACCCCCGGGCCCCCCGACCCCGGCCGGGCCCCCCGGGGUGUCCCCCCCGCCCCCCGGAACCCCCGGAGCCCCCGGGCCCCCCGGCCGCCCGGUGCAGAUGAACCUGUACGCGACAUGGGAGGUGGACCGGAGCUCGCCCAGCUGCGUGCCCAGGCUGUUCACGCUGCGGCUGCAGCGGCUGCUGCUGGUGCGGGGGGGGGGGAAGGACCUGGGAUCCGUCGUCAUCGCCGUGAAGCUGCAGGGCUCCAAGCGCGUCCUGCGCUCCAACGAGAUCGCGCUCCCCCCCUGCGCCGCCCCCGAGGCCGAGCUGCACCUCACCUUCUCCCUGCAGUACCCCCAUUUCCUGAAGCGCGACGCCAACCGGCUGCAGGUGAUGCUGCAGCGGCGCAAGCGCUACAAGAGCCGCGCCAUGCUGGGCUACAAGACGCUGGCCGUGGGGCUCAUCAACAUGGCCGAGGUGGCACCCAUGGGUGCUGGGGGGGGGCACGGGGCGGGGGGGGGCGGGGGGGGCACCCCAGGGGUCCUUGAG